AUAUACGUUGCCUUGCACGUUCCGAAUUUCUUGUAUUGUUUCGUGUGCAGUGUGGUGCAGUGACUGGGUUUUUACUAAUUAAGUUAGAUAAUUUGGAGCAAGAUGGCGACGAUUUUGAUAUUUCUUGAAAAUCAGGUUGCCAGCUAAGGAAAUGGGAAAACCUGACCCAUUUCCAAAAAAACACAAAGGUGCCAAAACCAAAGAAAAGUAUCUCACCGAGUACCACAAUCGCGAGAAGAAAACUCGCGAAAAUUUCUACAACACAACUCCCAAUGAGAAACACUCCCAGAACGACUAUUUAAGAAACAACCUCCAUAUCAAGACUUGCGUUUGCGGAAACCGCGAAAUUCUCAAAUUCCAAACUAAGAAAACCAAUUUCCGGAAUUACACUCCGAAAAUUUUGAACCAAGAGGUCAAUAUGGGCAUGUGGAUGUGACCAUUGGGUCGAGAUGUCUAUGCUUGCGACCAUAGGACAAGUGGCCCAUUUUGCCGGAAGUUUGACCGGAAAUCCGUUGGCCAUAAUUGGAUUAGUGCCCAUUUUUGCCGCCGGACUUGCUUUCAUGCGAUAUGUCUCCAUAGACCCGGAGUCGCAUCCGGUUAAUGUCCGCCAUGUCAGACCUGAGUAUGAUUUUAUUGUGGUUGGGGGCGGCUCCGCGGGGGCGGUUGUGGCCUCCCGACUUUCCGAAAUUGCCAAUUGGACUGUCCUCCUCUUGGAGGCGGGAGGAGACGAAAAUGAAAUUUCGGAUAUUCCGGCCCUGAGUGGCUACACACAAAUGAGUCAAUUCGAUUGGAUGUACCAAACUUCCCCUCCGGGGGAUUCCCCGUAUUGUUUGGCCAUGAUUGGAGACCGCUGUAACUGGCCAAGGGGGAAGGUACUUGGAGGUUCAAGUGUCCUUAAUGCCAUGAUCUACAUUAGGGGAAAUCGUCACGAUUAUGACCAAUGGGCAGCUAUGGGCAACACGGGAUGGUCUUAUCCUGAAGUACUCCCAUAUUUCCUCAAAUCUGAAGAUAACAGAAACCCAUAUUUAGCCCGAACAAAGUACCACAAUACCGGAGGGUACCUCACGGUGCAAGAAUCCCCCUGGAGGACCCCCUUAUCCAUAGCGUUCCUCCAAGCUGGCCGAGAACUCGGAUAUGAAAUCCGGGACCUCAAUGGAGAAAAACAAACCGGGUUUAUGCUAUCCCAAGGUACCAUUCGGCGUGGUUCCCGCUGUAGUACCUCCAAAGCCUUCCUACGCCCUGUCAAAUCUCGUCAAAACCUCCACAUAGCUAUGUACUCCCAAGUAACCAAAGUUAUGAUCGACCCUAAAACCAAAACCGCAUAUGGGGUCAAAUUUACCCGAAAUAACCGACCCCAAACCGUGCGAGCACGCCGUGAAGUCAUACUUUCAGCUGGUGCCAUUGGCACCCCACAUAUCCUCAUGUUAUCAGGAGUUGGCGAAAAAUCCCAUUUAGAAUCGUUCAAAAUUCCGGUUAUGUCCGACCUUAAAGUCGGUUAUAACCUUCAAGAUCAUAUCGGGUUAGGAGGACUUACUUUUGUGAUAGACGACCCCAUCACUUUUACCAAAACUCGCUAUCAGACCUUUGCCGUCGCCAUGGAGUACAUAGUGAAUGAAAGGGGUCCAAUGACGUCAUUAGGGGGUGUGGAGGGACUGGCGUUCGUUAACACGAAAUAUGCCCCAAAAUCGGGGUCUUGGCCCGACAUCCAAUUCCAUUUUGCCCCCUCCAGUAUAAAUUCAGAUGGAGAACAAGUGAAAAAAAUCACAGGAUUGCGAGAUAGUGUAUACAACACUGUAUAUAAACCCCUGAAAAAUUCAGAAACUUGGACAAUCCUACCCCUUUUACUCAGACCCAAAAGCACGGGUUGGGUACGUCUCAAAUCAAAAGACCCCAAUAUUUACCCCGAUAUAAAUCCCAAUUACUUCACCCAUAAAGAGGAUAUCUUGACACUUACAGAAGGCAUCAGGAUUGCCCUAAACGUCUCAAACACUCAAUCCUUCCAACGGUUCAAUUCCCGACCCCAUAAAAUCCCAUUCCCUAAAUGUCGUCAGUACGACUGGGAUUCAGAGGAGUAUUGGGAAUGUUCCUUGCGUCACUUCACUUUUACAAUAUAUCAUCCCACUUCGACGGCCAAAAUGGGGCCGGCGAGUGACCCCGACGCUGUUGUCGACCCCCGAUUAAGGGUAUAUGGGGUCAAGGGAUUGCGAGUGAUCGAUGCAUCCAUCAUGCCGACUAUUGUCAGCGGAAAUACAAAUGCCCCAACGAUCAUGAUUGGUGAAAAAGGGUCGGACAUGAUCAAGGAGGAUUGGGGUAUCCGAAUCCUUUAAGAAUUUGAUCGUCAAAAAUUACUAGUCAAAAAAUUUGUAAAUAUUUUAUUUGUACUGUUGUAAUUAUUUUUUUAUUAAAAUUUUAUACUUAAAACAGG